AUGGGCUUGGAAUGCGAGUGGGCUCAUGGUAUCAUCCAAACACAGUCAAGGCACUCAACAACCUUUCUCGCGGAAGAUAUCACGGUUUUCCUUGAGUUGUGGACUAGGAAGGAUUAUGCACGAUUAACGUGGCCAGGAAGCGUCGUCAUUGUGUUCCUUUCCGGACGAGUGGAGUUGUCAAACAUUUUCCAAAGCCAUGUGGUCAAACAAGAUCGGUUCUCGUAG